CCUCUUUAGCAUGAUUAGUUGCACUUGAGAAACGUGAUAAUACGGUUCGCAGUUUGUGAAAUUGAGUGUUCAGAAAUGAAGUAUAGUGUUAAACAGAAAUUAUUCGUAUACGUUACAUUUUUACAGUGUUCUUCAUGCCGUAGAAAAUUUCGUAGGAUGUAUUCUGAUAGUACAGUACCACGGUUUACAAAAUUGUAACAAAAUUACGUUUCACGGAAUCUGUGCUGGGCAAAAAUAAAUCUCGAAGUGGUUACGUAAACAACUAAAAUUACAGAUGCUGGGGUAUAGAAAGUCCUUAUGCUGUUCAUGAAAUGUCAUUGCAUUAUUUAAAAGUUUUGGUUUGGUGAACGGAAGUUAAUUGGGCCUGUGGCUUUUUUUACGAAACUAUUAAUUCCGAACGUUAUGUGAAAUUUAUUCUCUCGUUCUUCUUCGUCAACUGACUACUGAAGAAAAAUAUUACGGGCAUUUUAUGCGAGAUAAUGCAACAGCACACACUGCUAUCUGUUCUGUGGUUGCAUUGCAUGAAGUCUUCGGCAAAUGAGUUAUAAGUCGAGGAUUGUGGCCUUCGCGAUCACCCAACUUUAAUCUUUGUGACCUUUAUGUGCGGGACACGGCAAAAAAAGAGGGAGUAUUUGAACAAUCCGCACACUUUUGAAGAACUUGCGUGAAAUUUCCGCUUUUCUCAUACAGAAACUGCGACGUGUGUCUCGAAACAUCUUCUCAUGAUGGGAGGCAUGUUUAGAAGCAGCAGGUCGUCACUUUGAGACUCGUCUGUAAAAUAAGAUGGUCUGUGGGUAAGCGGAUUGCAGAGGUUCGAUAAGCAACCGGAAUACACAGAGGUAAACCCUGGAGAGGACGCCCUUAUGACCUGUAAAGUGUUCAACAAGAGAGGAACCUGCUCCUGGCAAAAAGAUAAUAAGCCAGUUGGGAUUUACCACAAGAAGUACGAGUGGGCGGGCGUCCAGGAUUCCGGGGACUGCAGUCUCUGGGUCAGAGCUGCCACGCUUGAAUUUGACAACGGCGAAUGGGAGUGCCAGGUGACGGCGUCCGACUUCACUACCCAGGACGCCUUGACGUCAUCACCGGUCAGACUCGUUGUGCGAGUGGCUCCACAGCGGCCGCGAAUCGAGUACAAUACAAGUCAAGUUCUACCAGGGCAUAACGUUACAGCCCAAGCUGGCGAGCGAGCAACAGUUAAGUGUGUUAGUCGUUAUGGGAAUCCCCCUGCUAGACUCAAGUGGUUACUCGGAGACGAAGAAAUCACGACUAGCACGAACCAGAGCAACUCGACCGAGCUGGACAACGACAAAACGUGGGUCGCAACGUCCGUUUUGGAACUUGGUUUCAGCAAGCAGCAGCACGGCAGUUUGCUGAAGUGCGUCGCUCUACACGAAUCAUAUUCCACCAAGUCACAGGUCAUAGAGGUGCGACUGAACGUCAGAUAUCCUCCGGAAGUGCGUCUGAAAGGUGCCCCGACCCAGGACUUGGAGGAGGGCCGAGACAGUGUGGUGCUGAUGUGUGUAGCUGACGCGAAUCCUGUGGCUAAAAUCGUGUGGAAGCGUGCUGGAAGAAGUGACAUCGUCAGCUUGGAGGAGACGCUGCAGUUCCGACCGGUCGCUCGCCGCGACACGGGCACGUACACGUGUGAGGCUCAGAAUAUUGUGGGCUCCAGCGAGCCUCUGUCCGUCCACAUCGACGUGAAGUAUCCUCCACAGAUUGUAGACGUCGGCCCCGACCGGGUAAUGACGGCACCCCUGUAUUCGCAGGCGACGUUCAGUUGCACCGCCGAGGGCAAUCCUACACCCACGUACCAGUGGCUGCAGAAACUACCGACUGCAGAGGGCACUGUUCUCAUCAGGGGUUCUGACGCAAGGCUCCAUAUCAACAAUGUCACGUAUGACUACAAGGGCGAAUAUGUCUGCAAGGCGACAAACAUGAUAGCCGGGGUGGAACGCGUUGUACAGAGUGACGCCAUUUCUGUUCAAGUCGUCGGCGCCCCGCAAGUGUUGCGGCAGUCUGGGGGCCGAGAGGUGGUGGUGGCUCGCGGACAGGACGCUCUGCUGCGAUUGGUGGUGUGUGCAGACCCGAGACCGCGACGAGCCGCCUGGGAAUGGGGAAGCCAACAGCUGGAAGCUGGAGCGGACCAGGGUCGCUACAAAGCAGAGGAACUAGCGCAGGUUGAGCGGGAAGACUGCUACGAGGCGAGACUCCACGUACGAGAAGUCGAUCCUGCAGACUCUCGUAAUUACUACCUCGCAGUGCAAAACGAGAGAGGCACAGACCGUCAUGCAGUGUAUCUCGAUGUCAGGGAGCCUGUUUCCAUGGCUACGCUGUUGAGUUUGGCCGCAGGCAGUCUCCUCCUACUGCUCAUCUUGGUAUCCUUCACAGUUUACGCCCUACGAAGGGAAAAAUGCUGCUUUGCACGUAGAGGUGAUUUUCGACCUACCGAUUUAGAAAGCGAGAAGAGUGACGUAGACAGUGCGGCAGGCAGGAAGACGCCACGCCUCGACAACCAAGGUUUAGGGGGCGGUGGAGCGAUUCCCGCAGAGGCAAUAUACAGCACCUCACCCUCCAGGCGACCCCACACCAUCACCGGCGGCUCACCCGAGGCGAUGAAGCGGCGUUGCAACAUCUCCAACAACAGUGGAAGGGCGACUAAAACAAAAAAGGAUCGUGAUACUACAAAAGACAAUCUGUAUGCUGACCUUCAGGUGCCCACUAUUAGCAACAAUGGGUCAACAAUGACAAUGACAAUGUUGAACAAAGUGAAUCCAUCAUCUCCAUCCAAACAACAUCUACAGUCAGAUAAUUAUUUUCAGCAGCAACCGCACAGAACAACAAAUGACUACUUCAUGUCAGGACAUUUUCAACCUAACAGUUUUGAAAGGGCUGAGAUCUAAAAAGUAAUUUAUAUACUAUUUUCAUAAGUAACAGAGUUUCUUAUUUUUAUCUUAUGUGUACUCUUUAUAUUAUUUAAUGACAAAAUCAAAUUUGUGAAUAAGUUUGUCUAUUUUGAAACUGUGGAUAACAGUACACUAAAUGUAAUAACAUAAUCAAAAUUACUGUGUACUGUGAAAUAUGAAGUUUUUUAAAUAUGUUUUGUGUAUCAUUUUCAUUAUUUAUAUUUAGGUACAGACCAUAUAUUUAAGUUAAUAAAGAGCAUUUUCUGUUAAUAUUAUAGCUCAGAUCAACUGACCCUAAAAUUAUAUACUGCAGUAAAUAUUUGUGUUAUACUGUCUUGUGUUAUUGCAUAAAAUCAAUACCGUAUCAAAGUUUCUCAAUUAGAAACUGAAUUUAAUCACAAAAAUGAUGUUAUAGUACUUAAUUUUAAUAUACACUUCAAUGUUUAAAUUGCUACUCUGUUAUACCUUUUGAUAAGGGCAUAAAAUAUAUGUAUUAUAAUUCUGUUAUAUUUUAAUAAAUCUAAAUUUAAAAACCAUAACUAUCUUAGAACAUCAAAUAUAUUCAGUAUUUAAGUUUAAAUCAUGUAUAAAGAAUUGUCAACAUAUGUUUCUUGUAAUUAUGUGACUCUGAUUAAUAAUGCUUUUUGUUACCAGACAACGUUUCAGGAGUAGGUUUUUCCGACAGGCAAGCCAGCACAUGAUCAAAAAUUAAGAUAUUAAUUAUGUGUCUAAUUGCCAAAGUAAAACAUAUAUGUGCCCUCCUUUUCAUACACUUAGUAAGCCAGUUGUUAACGAGAUUAUACAGAAAAGGAUGAAGUGGGCUGGGCAAAUAGAAUGGGAAAAAAUUAGAAGUUCACACGAAGUCUGUCCAAAAGUCUCAAGGGAAGAAACUGCGUAGAGGUCAAAAACAGGAAGGCCCAUGAUGAUUACAUUUUAUUACUGUAAAACUGUAAAAACUUUAUUUUAAAAAAUUAUUACUGGAUGUAUACAUCAGGUUUCUGAAGUAAGGCUUGUAGAUGUUCUAUAAACUACCUUUGUUUUACUUCAGACAUAAAACGUUCCAGUAAAUAUACAGGUGAAAGUUGUCAGAGAUUUUAAUUCUGAAUAUGUUCCUUAUCAGAAACUAUUAUCAUAAUAUUUUCUAGUGAAGAACAUAAAUAGCACUGUUAUUUCUAGAAUUAUUGAAAUUUAUUUAGUUUCUCUUUCUCAGCAAAUCAUAGCAUUAUUAUGCACAAUUUAGUUUUCUUAAAUAUUGACCAAAAUAAUUAUCUAUAAAACUAUUCACAAAUUUGAUGAAUGGAUAUGAAUUGCAAUGAAAGAUAGGUGUAAUUUCUGAAUUAUUUAAAAAUAAAUAUACUGCCAGAGUUACCAGAUGAAUAGUGUAAUUUCUUCAAGCACAACAAAGAAACAUUUUUCUGGUAUGAAAUACAUAUAUAAUGUAUGUUAAAAAUUAGUAUUUUUUAACUAAGAACUUUAUUGUGUUUAGUUUAUUAAUAUUUAGUUUAAUGUUCUUUUUAUGUCAUAUUUAAACUUUUAUUUAAGAUUUGACAUGUGUAGAAGAAAGCUGUUUUGUUACCAUUGUCUUUACGUGCUAGAUAGUUGGCACUUUUCCACCCAUCUUAUAUUCUCUGCUUAGAAUUUCUGUAUCACUUGUAUCAUAUUACAGUGUUUCGAUUCCCUUUGGCUCAGCAGGUUAUGUUUGUGAAUAGCAUUCUUUUCUACUGGUUAAUAUGAAUGUGGGUUUUAAAUAUACACAUUACAAUGUGUUUUGUCUAUAUAUAUAUUUUUAUUUUUUUUUACUAUACAGUAAUCAGUUAAAAGUGUUUCAGUGAUAAAAAUAAAUGAAAAACACAAUCAUCUAAAAUUUUACGUAUUUGGUAAGUCAUCAUAACAACCUAGAAAUAAAAAUUCAUAGUCAUGUCAGUUUUCAGUACAAUGAUGACUUUUUGUUUGGAUUGGAAUUUGAUUAAUGGAAAUGACAUUAAAAUAUUUUCUCUUAAGCACUAUAUUUGCAGUGGCUGUGGGGUCACUGCUGUUCACUGGAUACUUGGUGCUUUUUCCCAGGAGGAAAUUAUCUGACAAAUCAUGUCCUCGUUGUGCUGAGUUUAAGAAUGCUUAGAAUGAUACGUCUAUGCCGCUCACAUGGUAACUUGGUACAGUACUGCUGUAUCUUAAACAUCUACCUAAAAUAAACAACUUGAACAAAUCAAAUUUAGAACAUCUUGCUGUUUUAAUAUCAGUUACUAUAUAAGAUAAAGAAAAUAUAAAAAAGAUUUAAAAUUUUUAAAUAUCUAUAAAUUACAAUAAGGUAAUUAUUUACUUAGACUGUGAUUGAAUAUUCCCCUAUAUUUUCAAGUUCCUUAAAAUCCAUUACUCUGUGUUUGGAAUUAUAUGUUUUUUUCCCCUGUGUAGCAAAUUUCCAUGUUUUAUGAACAUAUAUUAUGGAACACUUUAUAUCCACAUAACAUAUUUAAAUAUUAUAAUGCAUCUUUCUUGAAUAAGAAACUAUAUUUUAAUGGAGUUUUAGAUAGUUUUGAGUACUUCAUGAAAGUAUUUUACUUUUGGAAUUAUCUCGCAACCCACAUUCAGAUUAAACCAUAAAUUUAUUUUUUGCUUCCAAAUUACACAUUGCUUAGACUACUCUUACUGGCCUUGCAAAACGAUUUCAGUACUUCCCUGAAAUGUGUGUGCUGUGUUUUCGUUUGUUGUGUGUUCUAGUGUUAAUUAAGUUUUGCUGAAAGAAGAACAAUACAAGAAGACCACAUUAUUGUUAUCCAGCAGAGAAAUGUAAAUUGAGCUUCUGUAGUUGGAGUAGAAGAUUAUAUGUUUCAGAACACAAAAAGCAGUGAUGUAAAGUGGAAAACAUUCAGAAGGCUAUAUAUUUCAAAGGUGGAUAAGACAUACAGUGGGUCGUGACAGAAAUUAAGGAAAUCACUUAAACAUUUCAGGGGGAAAUAAUGACUGAAAGAUAUAAAUAAUGAGAAUUUUAUGGCAAUGCUUUAAUAAAAGUACUGUUCUUAAUAAAAUGGCAGCUAAGUUUUCUUCAUAUAUGUGUGUUCAAACUCUACAUCUUUUAACAAUGACAAUGAACAUUACAUUGUUGAGUAUGGGUCAUAAAUUGGAACCAUGUGUUGUCAUGGUUCAAAGAAUUAGGUCAUUACUGCAAAUUUGAUUGUUUAGAAUAAACUGAAAUGAACACAUGAUGAUGGUAGUCUUCUAAUUUAGUAUGUUUAGGGAGUGAAUGAAUCAUAAUGGCAUCACAAAUAAAAUGACCUUGAGUCUGGUUUGUGUUGUGUUGUACUAUUGGAGAACUCAAAAAUAUCUGGGAAUAUGUGUGUUAUUAAUUGUAUUCAUAUACUAAAGACACUUUAAUGUGUAAAUAAAACAUACUUCAUUUAAUCCAUUUACAUAAUGGAAAAUAAAAAUGCACUGUUAAAUAUU